AUGGGAUAUGCCGAGGAUGUCCAGUUCCAAAAUCAGCUAAAGAGCUUGCCCAAUGCAACUCGAUUUUUCAUAGCACCAGAGAAGGAUUACUCUACAAGUUUGGAAGAACUUGAAACUAUGAGUCUACCCCUUGUGCUUAUAGCUGAUCAAAAGGAGAUACCCAAGUGUAUAGCACUUGUUGAGAUCAUCAAGAAGAAACGGAGCCAGAUUACAGUUCAAUAUAAUGGAGUUUAUAAAUGGAAAACACCAUUACACCCGGUUUCAGGCAAGGAGACCGAGGAUGAGGUGAAGGGGAAGAAGAUGUACGAUGUUCCAAUAUAUAUAGGGGUUUUAAACGACACUGAACUUGAAUUGGACUCCAAAAUGUGGACCAAACAGACACUAUAG